UCGGCUCCUCUGUUUCGUAACGCUCAACCGAACAUACACGUGGUAUUUUGGUAUGAAGGACGCAAAAGCUUCACGUAACUGGCUCGAAUAGUCCUUCUAUAACAGGGAAAACAGUUUACACAACGACAACCAGUGGAAGCAUGACAAACAUGCAGUGAUAUCGUUUUCACACAAGUUAUCUUAUGUUUGAAGAAUGCAUAUUGCCGAUUUCGCGGCAGGAUCCAUUGGAGGGGCAUGUGGUGUUGCUGUGGGCUAUCCUCUUGAUACAGUAAAGGUGAGGAUACAAACUCAGAAGCAGUUCACUGGAAUUUGGCAUUGCUUCAUAACAACGUUAUCUAAAGAAGGGGUCCAUGGCUUCUUCAAGGGGAUGUCCCUGCCUGUUACCACGGUUUCCAUGACUUCCUCUGUGGUGUUUGGGAUGUACAGGAACUGCCGUCAGUGUCUCAGUCAGCUGAGGGGAGGACCAGGAACCCCAAACACCAAACUAGAGAUCUUCCUCUCCGGCCUGGCCGGGGGUGUGGCUACAGUGACAGUGAUGUCACCAGGCGACAUAGUGAAAGUCAGGCUGCAGUGUCAGACAGAGUCCUUGCGAGCCAGAAAAGGGGCCAACUUGCCCAAACCCAAGUACCGUGGCCCCGUCCACUGUCUCCUGACCAUCGUCAGAGAGGAGGGGGUACUGGGACUCUACAGGGGAGCUCUGCCCCUCAUGCUGAGAGACGGACCGUCCUACGCCACCUACUUCCUGACUUACAGCACACUCUGUGAGUGGUUCACCCCGACUGGAAAGAAGGGACCAGAGUGGACAGGGGUGAUGCUGGCUGGCGGGGUGGCUGGUAUGACCGGCUGGACAGUGGGUACGCCCAUGGACGUGAUUAAGGCCCGCCUCCAGAUGGACGGAGCCAGGGAUAUCAAGAGAUACAAGGGCUUUGUCCACUGCAUCACAGAGACAGUCAGGGUGGAGGGGUCAGGGGUGUUCUUUAGGAGCUUGGGUAUCAACUGUCUACGUGCCUUCCCUGUCAACAUGGUGGUGUUCGCUACCUAUGAACUCCUGGUCGGCUUCCUCAGAACACAGCCUGAUACUAUAGAACCCCCCAAACUAGAGUUUGAGUAGACACUGGUAGUGCUGAGCGAUUAACUGAAAUGUUGGUUAUUUUUUGUUUUUAAAACAACAAAUUGACCAAUUAUUUUAAUUCCAUUUCAUUCGUUUUUUUCUGUUAGCUCAAUGCGCACAUCGCAGUUUCUCUAGAGAUAAAUCAGAUCCCGUCUGAACUAUGCAAUGUACAGUAGUAGGGAGUUGAAAUUUCCAAUAGUUUAGAGCAUAAAACGUGGUAAUUAACUACAAUGACCAAAAUCCAUUGCGCAGAUGACAUCAAAUAAAACAAAUGUAAUAUACACAACAACUGAAAUAAUUUAUUAAAGUAAUGUGAAUAAAUGAUGGUUAGUAAGUGAUAAGCAGUAAUGGGAAGUCACUACCAUCAUGGGACUUUUAUUAAUUGCUUUAUUCUGUGUUACAGUAUUCAACCCACAUAAUGCAUAGUGCAUUUAAUGUUUUAAAAAAUUAUCAAAAUUGAAAACAAAUUAUUUUGUAAUAAUCUAACGGAAACCGAACCGACCUCAAAAAGCAUAAAUCGCUCGGCACUAGACACUGGACUUGAGAAACUAAUGUACUUCUCUCUCUUGAUUGUACUCCUCUCUCCUCUCUCUUGAUUGCAUUCUCUCACACUCUAGUUUCAUCUGUCUGACCGUCUGUCUGACUGUGUUUUUCUGUCUGUCUGACCUGUCUGUGUCUGCUUGUC